GAAAAAGCAGCCAAGAUCACAAGGGCCGCUCGCACAGCUUUCACCAACAUCAUGUCACGACUCGCCAUCGCCGCUGCCGUCGCUGCCGCAGUCCUCUGCAACGGCCCCUUUGCCGCCGCCGCUGCCGUAGACUCGCCACCGCCCGCCGCGGCGGCAGUCACGACGACGACGCCCGCCACAAAGACGGCAGACGCUUCGUGUCCCACCGUCACGACGGUUCUGAGCGUGUGCUCCACGUGCUUCCGCAUCCAGUGCCAGACCCAAUCGACCAUCUCGUCCAUGGACGGGUGCGCGUGGCCGCCGGUGACGAAGACGACGCGCUACCCGUGCGAGGGGACGUGUCCCGGGGGAUGCGCGGGCACCGACUACAUUACCGUCACGGGGACUCCUUCGGCGGCGGCGGGGGCGUGCAAAUAGACAAAAAGACGGGAAACACUAUAUAUCGCUCUAGGAGGUAUGAGCAAGGGGUAAAAAGCAGAGGGGUAAGGAAAAGAAAGCAGAGAAGGAAAGAAAAGCAAUGGUGGGCAUGGAGGUGCCAGUCACGGAAAAUGGAUUCUCUCGGACGUAUAGCCACCACUUGUAGUAUGCCAUACCUUCUAGAAUG